AUGCUGGCAUUGCGCAAAUUAUCAUCACUAAGUCAACGAGCAAGCGUUGCAGAUGAGUUGAAACAGUACGGGGGCAACAUAAUCCAUGCCAGCAAUCAAUAUGGUUCAACUAUGAGCAUAUCCUAUGCGGCAGUGAAUUUUACCGGUCAACCAAGAAACUUUCCCAACUAUGGUGAUUAUCAGGAUACGUAUCUUUUAACUACCUACGGUAAUUGGUGGCGUGAGGUGCCUUCCUUUAGUCCUGAAUUUGGAUGCAAAAAUAUCUCGCUUGAAGAUGACCCACCAAUUGACGAUUUCGUAGUGUUGAGCUUUGAAAAUGUCGUCUAUCCGACAGCUUUGGACAUUUUCGAAACAUUCCAUCCAGGUGCUAUACAACGCAUAUGGGCUUUCACCUUCAGUCGCAAAUGGAUUUUGUUGUGGAACGUAGAGGUCGAUCGAUUGCAGAAGCAAAAAGCCUUCCAACAAAUUGGGGAUGGAAAAUCUCGUUUAUUUCAUCCGUUGAUACGUCCAAUGGAUGAGCGGACUCGCGUGCUACGGAUUGAAUUUAGCACGCGUCAUCUCGAUUACCUGCCGGGAUUAGAUGGAGUAAUGUUGACCGGCUCGAUAUAUCCAACGGACGAUAAUCAAUUCUGCCGACAAUCAACUUCAACCACCGAAACAAAAACACUAGGAAAGGAAAUUGACACACCAGAGAACGUGCUGAAUGUGUGCGAAUUUCCGUAUGAGAUUUUGUUUAAUAUAUUUUCAAACCUUGAUUUACUGUCACUCCGCACGGCAGAAAAAGUUUGCAAGAAAUUUCGAGACGUGGUUCAGGAUAGUCAUCUGUACCGUGAAGUAAAUUUUAGACCUUAUUGGAUGGAAGUAAACUCGGAAAUGAUUGCAUGGUUAUCGGAUCGCUGUUCUCAAAUUCGCAAGUUGGAUCUUUCCUGGUGCGGCAUGUUUGGUUUCCUAAAGGACGAUGACGUUUCUAGUUUUUUGAGAAUCCAUGGAUCUGAGCUGACGAAUCUAAGGCUCAACUCAACGUUUAUAGCUGAAAAUAGUUUUCGAUGUUUGAGCACCCACUGUCGUAAUUUACGAGAGCUAAGCAUUCGAAAUGCAAGCUUCACCAAUCAUUUACGAGAUGGCUUCUUUCAGCAUCUUGUGCGCUUAGACAUAGCCCGUUCUGAUAUGUCAACAAAAACUCUAGUAUGUAUAUUGCGAGCAAAUCCAUGCAUGCAGCAUUUGAACGCAUCUUGCUGCGAAGAAAUUAAUAUGCAGGAAAUUGCAAUGGUCAUAUCGGUUCACAAUCUUGAUUUGGUGAGUUUGAAUACGUGGAAAACGCAAACUUUACAUACUGCUGGUUUGUUAGCGCUUAAGAACUGCACUAAGUUGCAGGAGCUCGAUUUAGGCUGGAGCAUUCACGACGAAAGCUUAGAAGGCGUGUUGGAAAACGUUGUUAAAAACUGCCCAGGGUUACAGAAACUUGUUCUAUCGGGAAUUCGUAGCGUUCAAAAUGCUGAUAUGGUUGCUAUAGCAGAACAUUGUCCAGAUCUGACACAGUUGGAUGUAAUGGGAUGCAUCCGCAUCACAGGGCAAGCGGUGCAGGCAGUCUUAAUGAGUUGUCGAAAAUUAAGGCUUUUAGAAAUUAGCCACUGUUCCGACUUAGAACCGUUAAGCAUAGGUCUAUGGAAGCGCGAUUAUCCACAAGUUGCCAUAAAACAUUUCACGGAUAUCUAUUAGGCGUGAAAUUAUCAAUCAUAACGAUAUGGUAGGGUGUAGGAUAGACAAUGUGCUUGUUGAUAUGCGGCUGAGCCGUAUUUUUGAUAUUUACUGAACUGAAUCUUUUGAACGAAUGAUUAAAGCUAUUUACUAUUGAAAAUGUUUUGUAAAGUAUAAG